AUGAUGAUAAGGAAUCAAAAACGAUGCUUUUCAUCUACCAUACGGGCGUUGAAAAAAAAGAGACAUACAGUUCCCGCUAAUUCGCAAGUUCAAGAAGCAUAUGAGACAGUUGCAUAUAUGUCAGUAGAUGAUUUAGAAAUUCAAAGAAAUUUAGACCAAGGAAAACAAUUCUCUUUUCCUUCGGAGCAUUACUUAGAUAGGAAGAAGAUCAUUAGGAGCUUGCCUGAUGAGGUUGAUUUAUUUGACUUAUCGGGUAUUAACUUAGAAAAGAUUUAUAAAGAUCUUCGGAGAUUGGACGAAGACAAAUCUGUUCAAUUAAAAUAUUACAAGAAAUACCUAAGAAAUUAUGAUGAUUUAAUUAAUAAUUUGAUCCAAGAAUUCAACGGAAUAAAUUCAAAAUUCAAGUCAUUGAGAAGGGAAGAAAUAACAAAUCUUUCUUUAGCGCCUUCGGCGUUCUAUUAUAAAGAGAAUUUAUUUAACCAACCUUACAAUGUUAUUGGAUUUGAUAGAAGCAUUAGUGGAUUACCCUUACGUACAGGUAAAAACAGACUAACGGAUGUUUGCUAUCCAAAAGAAUUCGUGGAAGACUUGCAAAUGCAUAGAAAGAAGAUACCUAUUCAUAAGCGGGACUUGAAUUUUUUGGAAGAAGAGAAGGAUUCUGUUAAUAUUGAUCCAAGAUAUUUAAACAAGAGGCCAAUUCGGAAUGAGUAUGAUGACAACUUUAACAAAUUCUUAGACAUUAUUUACGAAAAUGAAGUUCCUAAGUUUACAAUUCAUUACGAAAAUGUAAACCAAUAUAAUAUAUUACCCAAUAUUUCACAAGAUCUAUAUGAUGACUUUGAAAAUGAAAUAUUCCAAUUACGCAGCUUUUUACAAGGCCAAAUUAAAUCACAUAUUACCAAAAGUGGGUCCAAAAUUUUAUUAUUUGGAAACCAGGAGAUUAAGACAAAUCAGUUUAAAUUAUGUGAAGUAAUAAAACCAAAUCACCUGAAUACAUCAUCUUUAUUGGUUAUCAACUACAAUGUAAAGCUAUUUAAUGUUUUUCCAAAUUACUCUGCAUUAUUGAAUUCAAGAAGACAAAUGAAGAAUUUAUCCAAUCAUUUAUUCAAAUUAUUUCUCAUCAAUUUAGAAGAUCAGAUUGAUACUUUAAUCAGGAUGAAGUAUCAUGAUUCAAAAGACAUGAAAAACUUCAUGAAGCAUUUGAAAUCUACAAUCAAGUCUACAAUUAAGAAUAAAUUGAUCCCCUCUUGCAUUUCUAACAUAAAUCAGCGCCAGCCAUACAGUCAUAUUGAGGCAUUUAUUCAUGAAGUCUCCCCAAACAGUCCCUUCAAGAGAAUUUAUUGGAAGGACUAUUCUUUAUAUAAUUCGGUCUCUCCAAGAUCUAAGAAUUAUAAUAACCAUAAGCAUAGUUUUAUUGUGAACAAGAUGAAUUUGGAAUCAUAUAUCGAUACAUGUGUGCGUUUACCAAAAUUAUGA